ACCGCCCGGGGGACGCGCUGAGGACCGCGCGGGGACCAGCACGGCGUUCUAGGCUCCCGGCCGUUCCGGCCCAGGUGGGACAGGAAAGCCAGACAUGGAUAUUAUGAGACUUGCCCGCCUCUUCUCUGGUCCUGGCCCUGUGGGACUGUCCAUCCUCCAAUGCCUUGGUCCUCGUGGAGUCUGGUGGACAGGAGGCAAGGAGGGGCUGGUUUGGCCCAGGAUCCUGCAGCCAGCACGGCCAGUGUCAGCGACCUUCAGCAGCUCCCUGGGGCAGGGGAGCCGGAAGAACAUGAGCAGCCAACCCGGUGACCCCAGUCAGCCCAAUGCCCUAACCCCUCAGGAAGAAGAGGAGGAAGAAAGCUUUGGAACUCUUUCUGACAAAUACUCCUCCCGGAGAAUAUUCCAGAAAUCCACAGCUGAGUUGUAUAACUGGCAGCUCAGAGAGCAGAAUAUGGAGGAAGACGAAGAAGAGGAGACAGAACCCAAAGCAUGGCAGGGCCGGAGGAACACCCCAUAUUGGUACUUCCUCCAGUGCAAACGCCUGAUCAAAGAAGGGCAGCUGGCCAAUGCUCUGGACCUGUUUGAGAGGCAGAUGCUGAAGGAGGAGAGACUGCAGCCGCUGGAGUACAACUACACGGUGCUGAUUGGUGGCUGUGGGCGUGUUGGCUACCUGAAGAAGGCCUUCAGGCUCUACAAUGAUAUGAAAAAGAGACAGCUGGAGCCUUCAGACGCCACAUAUACAGCCUUGUUCAAUGUCUGUGCCGAGUCCCCGUGGAAGGACUCAGCCCUGCAGAGUGCCCUGAAGCUCCGACAGCAGCUGCAGGCCAGAAACUUCCAGCUCAACCUCAAAACCUACCAUGCCCUGCUGAAGGUAGCUGCCAGGUGUGCAGACCUCAGGAUGUGCCUCGAUGUGUUCAAGGAAAUCGUCCACAAGGGCCACUUGGUCACCGCGGAGACCUUCAGUUUCCUGCUUAUGGGCUGCAUCCAGGACAAGAAGACAGGCUUCCGAUAUGCCCUGCAGGUGUGGAGGCAGAUGCUAAGUCUGGGAAUCAAGCCAAACCAGUAUGGCUACAACUUGCUCUUGGGGGCAGCUCGGGACUGCGGCCUGGGGGACCUAGAGUUGGCCUCCAGGCUGCUCCUGAGGCCCCAGGAAGGCACAGUUCUGCUCCAGCCACCUACAGGCAGGCGGCGGGUAGGAAGGAAGGGCCAGUUCAAAUUAGGUGAUGGUAUGGCAGCACGACUCCACGUUGAGGCACUGGAAAAGGAGCUGUUUCUGGAACCUUCUCAGGCACUAGAGGGGCCUCCAAAGCCUCUGGAUGCCAGGGUGCCUAGCAAAGCCCAGCCCGAGAUGGAAAUGGAGGCACAGGCCGACCACUCAGCAGCCCUGGCCCCACUGGCCCUGAGGCCUCCUCCCAUGGAGCCAGAGGUCAACCUCCUGGCUCUCGGGGCUGUCUCCCCAACUGUGGUCUCCUUUGGGAAGGUGGCCACUCCUGCUGACAGGCUGGCCUUGAUGGGGGGCUUAGAAGGCUUCCUGGGCAAGAUGGCAGAGCACGGGAUCCAGCCAGACAUCAAAACCUUCACACUGCUGGCAGAGGUGGUAGAGCCCGGGAGCCCCGCAGAGGCCUCGCUGCUGACCUCACUGGACACACACCAGGUGGAGGCUGAUGUGACGUUCUACAACACGCUGAUGAGGAAGAAGAGCAAGUCAGGAGAUCUGGAGGGGGCAAAGGCUCUGCUGCCAAUCCUGGCAAAGCGAGGAAUUGUGCCUGAUCUGCGGACGUUCUGCAACCUGGCCAUUGGGUGCCGCCAACACAAGGACGGUCUGCAGCUGCUCGCAGACAUGAAGAGAUCCCAGGUGACCCCCAAUACCCACAUCUACAGCACCCUCAUCAACGCAGCCGUCAAGAAGCUAGACUAUGCCUACCUCAUCGACAUUCUGAAGGACAUGAGGCAGAGUGGUGUCCCUGUGAAUGAAGUGAUCAUCCACCAGUUGGAGUUUGCGGCCCAGUACCCCCCCAACUUUGACCGAUACAAAGGGAAGAACACCUACUUGGAGAAGAUCGAUGGCUUCAGAGCCUACUAUAAGCAGUGGUUGAAAGUGAUGCCAGCAGAGGCGGCCCCCCACCCUUGGCAGAAGUUCCGGACCAACUCCCAGAGGGACCAAGACUUGAGUGAGGAUACUGGUGUAGACAAAGGCCAUGGGGGACAGAGGUGAUCAGAGGCUAUGUGGGACAAGACGCCCUCACGCUGUCCAGAGGAGCCCCAGGAGUCCCUUCCACCUAGUCAAGGGAGAUGCCGUGGCAUCUACAUAACAGGCACUGUGCUGGUAUGAGACACAUUUGGAACCUACGGUGCCCACAUUACAGCAGGGAAAAAGCAGGUCCAGUCACCC